AUUCUGGGGAGAAAAAAUUAGUCCCGAAACGUGCAUCCAAUGGAGAAGAAACAUAUUUUCGCGCCUAUCGUGCAGUCCUCUAUUAUAACAAAAGAAGAGACAUCUUCAUCAGAGAUCGCUGUUAAGGAGAAAGAGAAAACACCUUCGCCAUCAACUCUUUCACCAUCAUCUUCGCCACCCUCGAUGAAGGAGAAAGAUGAAACUCCAUCGCCCCCGGUUCGAUGCGAAAUGUCACGCUAUGAUUCAGCCAGCAGUACGUCUGAAUUUUCUCAGUCCUCACUUGGUAGUUCGGAUGAGAACAAGAUGCCAAAGAAUUUUUGUCGUUGUUCAGUUGAUCUGGUCGAUAAAUUUGGAAUAAAAAAAGUGCAAACAAGUCCAUUCAGAUUGAUUUGGGAACAAUGGCAUUUAGUCAAACUUAGUAAAGCUGAGUUAGCUAGAAUUGAUACAAUUGCCGAUGUAUGCGAUUUUCGUGGGUUUAAUUUCCAGUCAUUAGAGGAGAUACCUUAUGAAGAAGAUAUGCCUUUUAGUACAUUUGGAAAAGAGUGGUUUGCUCCACCAAACUGUGCUGACUUUAAAUUUUUCAGUUACAGUCUUGAAGAAUUUAGGUUUCGUCUGUUUGAUAUUAUCAAGCAAAUACAGUCGCCAAGGAAAGGAGAGAAUGAGGAACCAUUUGAAAUAGAGUACAACCAUCUCUUUGAGAGUUUACUCAAAUUAUUCGAAUUUAGAACAAAAUAUCAACCACAAUUUCCAAGAGGGCAUGCAACUUUAUUCAGCCAAGAAAUAUUUUCAAAAGCUGAUAUUAUUGGCCAAAAAUGUGAUGAACCAGAAGAGGUACUAUUUGUAUGUAAGGUGAAGAGAAAAUGUCCUGAUGAUGAAUCAGAAUACUCCCCAAUUAAGAAAAAGCUACGCUCCACAACAGAACUUGCAACUGUAACCGAGGAAGCAACUUCUAGCAUGGAAUCUAACAUUGGUAUCCCAUCAAAUGUGGUUGCUCAGCAUGUUGGUGAACUGCUUUCAUACAUGGAAAAGUCUGUGUUGAAUCGAGGACUACUGGGGAUGGUCAUUCAAAAGACCAAUAUAAUGUUCACUUAUUUGAAAAUCGAACCAGCGAGCUACGAAAAAAUCAGGGGAAGGAAAAAACCAGUAUCUGUUAGGUUUCACCCAGGAUUGCAAGAAGAACCUGUACUUUUUUACACAGAUCAAUACAAUUUCUUAAAGAAGUAUGAUCGUCGAGAAAUUUUCAAAGCAUUAAUAGCUGUGAAAAUGAUGGAAAGAAAAGUCAGUAGAACAUAAUUAAAGGAAAGGUAGAGACUAAAUGUCUUUUUGUUCCAAAAUGUCUUCUUUUUUGAAAUACCAUAAAGAUGAAAAGGUUUACUUUUCAAAAAGUUGUAUGUUGAGUUUCCUUUUCUAUUUAGAUGGUCGUGAAAUUAUUUAAUCAAAUAUAUAAUGGGAGGAAUAUCAUUUAAUGUCAGUUUGAUUAAGAAUACUAUGAAAUGUACAGGUCAAUAUUCAUGGAUUUGGAUGAAAUUGCUUUAAAUGCAGUUAUGGACUUCUGAGAUAAUUGUAAAUAGGGUUUGAUUCUUACCAGGAAAAUAUCAUUUUUAACAAUGACUAACUUCUGAGAUGGUCAAUAUGGUUUGAUCAACCAUUCUGUGCGAUGUUUGCCUUUGUAUAACAGGGCUAAAAGUUGCAAGUUAUUAAGGUUUAAUUAAAUUCUCAUUUCGGAUUUGAUGAGUAACUUUAAAAGCUGAUUGCCACACCAAGAUGGAAAAUAUUGUACUGGGUCAGUGUAUUUUUUUUUGCCCUGGUUUCUGACUUCAUUUCUAACAUUCAAGAUAGAAAAUAAAAAAAAAACCAAAGUGACCUAGCCCUGAAUAUUGAUAUUUUUUGGUCACCAAAGUCACUCAGUUAACCUAUUUCUAUCUGUUUUCAUCCAUUGUCAUCCUUCAGUCAUAAACUUUGGAAUAUUUUGUCACAUUUUUUCUCUGGAAUGGCUGAACCAGUUUUAGUAUAUAGCAUUUAUAGGUAAAGGGAACCUAAAAUUAUGAAUUUCAUGGUCUGUGCCUCCCUUGGAUCUGAGGGGCGUAGCCAAAACUAUAAACAUAAAUGCAAUCUUCAAAAAUGCAAAAAUAAAAUAAAUAAAUAAAUAUACAAAAUGGUUAUGAUUAUAAAAGAGCAAUGACCCAUCUACAUUUAGGGCCCCUGGAUUCAGUAUUCAGACUCAAGGAUGGGGCUAAAUUUGGUCAUAUACUGAAAAUUCAUUAUAUGUUAUAAAGUCAUUUUUUUUACUCAUGAAACUGCUUGUAAGAUUAUGAGUACUCAGCCUUUACCAAAACCGUGAAAUUCAUACCCCCUGCCUCCAUGAUUUAAGUCUUAGGGUUGGGCUAAGUUGGUCAUAUAUUGAGAAGGCGUAUUUUUAAUAAGAAUUAGUCCCAUCUUUUUUGUCAUUCCUAGUCCAAUGGACAAUACAUAUGUAUUUUUAUGUCAGUAUUUGUACUGUGUUUAUCUUAGGCACAUUUAUCUUUGUAUACACGUAGGCCUAAUGAAAUAUUUUUUUACAUGAGAUUUACUGUCUAUUUGUCGCCCAAGAUUUUUUACGUGUAUCAUAUGUACUUUUAAGACGUAGAAU